GUCCAGCUGCCCAGCGCCAGAUCCAGAAUGGUCCAUCUCCAGAUGAGAUGGAAGCACAGAGAAGACAAGUGAUGGAGCAACAGCAACAGCGCCAGGAAUCUCUGGAAAGAAGAACCUCUACCACAGUUUCCACCCUUCAACUAAGAGCUGCACCCUGCUCCCUGCUGCCCACCAUCGCCAGCCCCCCCAGCUCCUCUGGCCAGGCUCCUUCCCCAUCCUCCCAUCCUCGUCCUCCACAGCAGUGGUGUCAGCCCAUGUCACACUGUCUUCCAUUGCCUCCCUCUCACGCUGCUGUGUCUGAGGUGGCUAUGCCCAGGAGGAACCCUCCUUACAUCACUUCAUCAGCCAUUGCCCACUUGAGCCCAGCACUUCCACCUGGUCACCCCAGUGGAGCUGCUGGAAUCCCUGCUUCAUCUGGGGGGCCCCCACCUCCUCCACCACCCCCAGUCCCUCCGCCACCCAUGGGAGCUGCACCCCCUCCACCACCUCCACUGCCAGCGGGCGCCAGCCAAGGGGCUGGCACUGAAGAUGGGUCAGUGUCAGGGCUCGCAGCAGCUCUGGCUGGUGCCAAACUAAGGAGAGUUCAACGGCCAGAAGAUGGGUCAGGAGGGUCCAGCCCCAGUGGGGUCUCUAAGAGCGAUGCCAAUCGAACAAGUAGCGGAGGAGGCGGAGGAGGACUAAUGGAAGAAAUGAAUAAAUUACUGGCAAAAAGGAGGAAAGCAGCGUCGCAGUCAGACAAACCAGCUGACAAAAAGGAAGAUGAAAGCCAAAACGAUGAUGCUAGCACCUCUCCUUCAACCAGUACACGAGGCCCUGCCCAGCAGCAGCAAAAUUCAUCAGACUCUGGGAAGAAGCCAUGGGAAAGGAGCAAUUCUGUUGAAAAGCCUGUAUCUUCAUUACUUUCUAGGAUGAAGCCAGUGAGCAGCAGCAAUGAUGUGGCUAUGGAUGCCUUAGAUUUUGAUCGAAUGAAACAGGAAAUAUUGGAGGAAGUUGUAAGAGAGUUACACAAAGUGAAAGAGGAGAUAAUUGAUGCCAUACGGCAGGAGUUGAGUAGAAUCAGUACAACAUAAUGAUUGCAAAGCAUUUGGACGGUACUAAGAAUGCUAGGAAGAUUGGAUCAUUUCUAAGUGUACCAAGGUCAUGCAAGAUGGUGAGAGAGGACACCGGCACUGUCUUUGUUCUUACACCCUUUUUAUUAGCAGACUCAGCACACUUUGAAGCUUGCUGCUGCCUUGGAUUCGCUUCAUUUUAAAAGUCUUAAUCUAAAGAUUAUUAAAUUUUAAAUUUCUGGAUUUUUUAGAUUUCAUCUGACACUGCACAUUGGAUUUGUCAGCCUUUUUGUAUUUUGUAUUUGCUUAUUUAAAUGUAUUACCUUUCUUUUUAGUAGUAGAUAAGAACACGUGAACCAUUUGCUUUUGAUAGAUGACUUCAAAGUAAUUUUACUAGUAGUCUGCAAUGUAAAUGAAGAUCCUUUGCCAACAGAAAUGUAUUGAGGCAUCAUGAGAAGAAAGAGAGACAUGUUUAGUUGUCAGCCAACAAGUUCUUUGUCUCAGAGUUAUCACAAUAUUAAAAAAUGGUACGUCAGUGCAUCACAGUAUCUGUGUUCAUAUUGGUAAUAAACUGUUUAUUGUCCACAUGG